AUGAAUGUAGAAGAAAAGAAGGCAAUGGAUAGCUGCACACAUCAGCUGAUUGCUGCGCACAUUUCUACCUCAGAUGUUACUUACCUUUGUCUUAAACGGAUUGGAAGCAUUCUUCGUAGUGUAAACCAUACCUUCCAACCAAAUACACUCGCAGUACAUGAAAUGAGCAAAGAAUUAUCCUGCAGUGUGGAAACACUUAUUUCACCGAAGAAAUUUCCGCCUGACAGUUAUCCACGACAAACGUCUUCGUUGCGUCAGUACAUCCCAUAA